ACCAGUCUAAUGAUGACAAACGCGCACGCGCAGACUUUCUUUUCCAUUUCCGGUUGGUAGUAGCACGAUAAGGCAAGAUGACAAACACCAAGGGUUACCGACGUGGUACACGGUACAUGUUUGCGAGGGCCUUCAGGAAACAUGGUGUCAUUCCUCUCUCUACCUACAUGAAAGUGUACAAACGUGGAGAUAUUGUGGAUGUCAAAGGAAAUGGUGCAAUCCAGAAGGGUAUGCCAUUCAAAGACUACCAUGGAAAGACUGGCAAGGUGUUCAACGUGACACAGCAUGCUCUGGGAGUUAUUGUUAACAAGAGAGUUGGUAACCGGAUCAUCCCCAAGAGGAUUAACGUACGUAUUGAGCACGUAAAGCACUCCAACUGCCGACUUGACUUCCUCAAGAGAGUCAAGCAGAACGCAGCCAACAGGAAGCUCGCUAAGGAGACCGGCAAGUUCAUCAACACAAAGAGACAGCCUGAAGGCCGUCGCCCUGCCCACAUUGUGAAGGCAAAGAGCAAUCCACCACAGAUACUGCGGCCCAUUCCGUACGAGUUCAUUGCCUAAGUUAUGUGUACAUACAGGAAAUAAAAGAAAACAAAUA